UGUCGCUUGUUUUGUAUUAUCACUGUUUAAUGUAUUAUUACUUGUUCUGGGAUAUUAUUACUUACUCUAUAUUAUAAUAUUAAGUUAAUCGUAUUUAUUAUCGACUUAUUUGAACGGACAUUGUUUCGAGAUGGAGUCAGUGUUUGUGAAAAUAGAACCUUUGUGGGAGGAGGACUUAACGCCAUUGCCUCCGGCUGGGCACAGGGCAGCUACAACCCCAGCAGACAACACGCAAACUAUUAACACGAAUCUGGAGGUCGUGGUGAAGCUUGAGCCUCAAGAAGUACACAUAGAAUUUGACUCGAGGGAGGCAAUAGGGGCGGGAGAGACGGAGAGUGUUCAGUCUCAUGAAAAUGCUAUGCAAUCCGGAGAACAGGUAGACGAUGAGAAAACUACAUACGAGUGCGACUCGUGUGAAGCCUUAUUCAGUCACAGACGUAGUCUAAUUCGUCAUCUACGCCGCAGUCACAACGUACACGUCGAAAAAGACCCUUUACAUCAAAAUGGGAACAAAUCAUACGCCUGCGAAAUAUGCGCAAAGGUUUUCAAGCAUCCAAGCAAAUUAAAAGAGCACUUGCAAAUACAUUCACACGAGAAACAUUUUAUAUGCCAAAUUUGCCAAGCGCAGUUCGCAACGUCAAGAUAUUUAACGAAACACGAGCGAAUCCAUCCUGAAAAAAACCCAUACGGCUGCAAUAUAUGCAAAAAACGCUUCACGACUGGAAGUUCUUUAAAGAAACAUGAGCGGAUGCACGCGGGAGUUACGCCGUAUUUUUGUGAAAUAUGUCAAAUAGAAUUUGCGCAUAUGAGCACUUUAGUAGCGCAUGAACGGGUUCAUAAUGGAGAGAAAGCAUACAACUGCGAUAUGUGCGAGAUGUUAUUUCCUUCGUUAAGCUCUUUGCAGAAACAUAAGCGAUGUCACAGAGACAAACUAUCCUGUAAUGUUUGCGAAAAAAAGUUUAUACAUUUGCGGAAUUUGGAGGAACAUUCACGAAUACACACUGGGGAAAAGCCUUACGAGUGUGAGAUUUGUAAAAAGGAAUUUACACAACUAGUUUACUUAAGGAGGCAUAAACGUACUCAUAAUGAAGAAAAACCGCACGUUUGCGGCGUUUGUCAUUUAAAAUUCAGAGAUUUAUGUAAUUUAAAGAAACAUAAACAGAUUCAUACUGGGGAGAAGCCAUUCCAAUGUGGGUAUUGCAAAAGAUUGUUCAGAGCAUCGAGCAGUUUAAAGAAUCAUAUAAGAAUACACACUGGUGAAAAGCCAUACAACUGUAGCACAUGUAAUAAGAGCUUUAGAGUAUUUAGUAAUAUGAAGAAACAUGAAAGAGUUCACACUGGUGAAAGACCAUAUUCAUGCGAUAUAUGUCAGCAGGAUUUCGCAGAUUCCUGCCAUUUGAGGAGACAUGAAAAAAUUCAUAAUACAAAAACGAGAUAGUUUGACGUUACAUAAUUUUAGAUUAGAAACAUUAGUAAUUAACAGUAACAAUUAUUUACGGGGGAGUAUUAUAUUCUCCCGUGAAAGGAAAAUGCAGUAAAACGACGAAUCAUUUUUUCAUGUGUUUUAAUUUAUGUUAACGCAUUUCGUAGCAUGGUUGAUUUGUUCAGCUGCAGUGUUUAGUAAAUCUAAGAAUAACAUUCAAGAUAAUUAUUUCAAUAAACAUGUUAAGGAUGAC